UUAGAUUUGCUAAUAUUUUUUUAAGCCACGGGAAUACUGCAUUCCUCAUUAAUCUUCGGAUUCGAAGACAAGCCUUAUUUAUUGUGAUUUUUUGUUGACUAUUAAAUCUAUGUAUUAAAGUGCUCUUACUUUCGUGACAGUAUUUUGUUGGUCGCUAUGUGCUAUGUUUGUGUUGUUCUAUACGUUGAGCAAUUCAUGUCGCAGUGUGGAUGACAAAGUGGCAGAUCGACAAGGACAGACUACAACGGAGAUCGAUUCAGAUUUCAACAUGGUGGUCGUGGAGGGAGACAACCGAGCAGGAGAUCAGAAUAUAUCAGUGACAAUAUCCAACAGGAUCAAUACAAAAAGUGGUAUGGAGCAGAAGUCCAGUGAAGUGAAACAAUUAAUCAGUUAUCAGAUAACUCCAAAACCUCCACCUGAGCCACUGCCAUUCCCUUUAUGGUUCAUUAUUACUAUCUGUUGCGGAGGCAAUAUGAAGUAUUUAGUCUUUCCGACUCUAAUGGCUGUCAGUCUAGGGCUGUUUUUGGCCUUCACGAGAGCAGUGUCCUCAUCAACAGCACACAUGGGUUACAGCCCUUACCAGAGCCCCAGAGAGCUCAGCGAGGACGAGCCAGACAUGUCAAGGAGUCACAACUUCUUUGGCAACCUCCUGAGGGACCACGCCUCCAUGAUUCAAGCCAGAGCUCAAAUGAUGCAGCAACAGAGGCUUCAGCUCCCAGAACCGCCUCAGGAAGCUCAGCAGGAGGACACGCAAGACUGCGACUGCUCGCGCUGUGAAGUAGACAACAGUUUUUUAGGGGACGAUACACAAAAGCACCGUAGGCUAGUGAAACACAGUUUCCAGCAUUUCUAUGGCAAACAAGAUUUAGCUUUGCAGAUCGAAGCGUUCGUCCCCAGCAAGCAAAAGCGUUGGGAGAUGAGCCCGGUGUUUUUCAUAGCGGCCAAGGAAAUGUGUGCAGACGGCAUGGCGCCAUUGGCUGUUAUUGUUGUGCACACACAUCACCGUCACAUGAUAGAGAGGAAUGUCGUACGAGAAACCUGGGGAAGUGUUGCCAAGGGGAACAACUGGCCCAGGAGACAGCUGUUGGGAGAGAUCAAGCUUAUUUUCGUAUUAGAAGUCAGUGACGACCCGAUUGACAAUGACCUGGCCACCAAGGAGUCAGAACAAUUCAAUGACAUCAUUUUGGUUGACAUCCAGGAAACACACAAGCCAGCAUCUAGGAAGAUUCUUUCAGCUUUCAAAUGGGUGUUGGAUUAUUGCCCCGGAACACAUUACAUCAUCAAGGUGGAAGAAGACUCAUUCAUUGACCUGCCCAUAUUGCUGGGGGUCUUGGCCUACCAAGAUUUGACCAACAUGAUCUUCGGGGCAGUGGUCUAUGCGGAAAGUGUCAACAGGAGGACUGACGACAACAAAAUCAUGGUCUCGAAGAAAGCGUACUCCCCAGACUGGUAUCCUCCGUAUGUUAAAGGUGCUUGCUACGUUAUGCCUACUACGCUUGCCAAGCGCAUUUUGGAAAUAGCGGAGUACCUCCCGUACGUCGGGGUGGAGGACGCCUUCAUCACCGGGAUCGUCGCCAAAGUCUUCGACGCGAGGCACGUCAACAUACCGGACAGCCUCUACGACCGGAGCCCCAACAGCAGGCCGGAGCUGUGCGAUUUCGUGUACCGGAAGAAGAUGGUGGCGCACAAGGUCAGCCCAACCCUGGCACACAGUAUAUGGCGUAGAGUCGAGAAAGCAGACAUGUGUGGAUUAUACCCUGCUGAGGAAUAGACACUUGAGCGGGGUUUAAAGACUUGAAUCGCUUGAAAAGAAAGAAGUGCUAUAUUACUGACAUAUAUAUAUAGUGCGUUUCAAAAGUUUCAUAUAUGUUUGAAACCAUAAUGUAAAUGAGCGCCCUCUGGUGAUUUAUUACCUACACUUAUACAGUACUGCGACUCACAGUUUAUAUUUCUCUACUUAACGUUUACGAAUCCUGAUCUAAUUCAUGGUUUGAGGAUGGAAAUUAUCCUCUCACAAAUUUGAUCUUUUAUUUUAGCUCUGCUCUAUUUAUCCUUGCUAAUUACAGCACAACAAAGCGCUAAUUAACUGUCAGGAUACAAUAUACAAUUUUGGCAAAGUAUUUCAGAAAUAUUCGUAUUUCAGUUAUACAGACGUGGGGGAGAUGGAACGUGGUUUGAUGCAAUCAGUGAAUAAUAGCCAAAAUCCAAUGCGCUGUGUUAAAGACGCUCAUCUCAUUAUCCAAUCUGGCAGCCAAAGAGGUUGUUGCUUUUUUUUAAUUUUACAUUAUUUUUUUUUAAACACCAGUAAACAUGCUCAGCAUUUUAUGUGUAUAAUGUAUGUCUCUAUUUCAUUUUUCUUAUAACACAUAUCUUGGUACAGUGGUGUAGCUAGGGGAGGGGGAGAAUUUGAAAAUCCCUCCGGGCCCCUGCUUGAAAAAAAAAGGGGGGGGGGCAAAUGAGUGGUGGAUUUUUACAUUAAAAAUGUAAUAUUGCGCAAAAUACAGGGGUCCCAAAAGAAGUCAAGCCCCCCGGGCCCCAAAACGAUGGAAAAUUCCUAGCUACGUCCCUGCCUUGGUAUACUCAUUGAUAGUAUCAAUCAGGAUUUUUAAAUUUUGUUUUCAUUUUCUGGAACACAAUUUUGUCAGUUUUGUAAAUAAAUUAUUUGAUGAUGAAAAGAAAUGCUCCUACGAGGAAAAGUCAACACCCUAAAGAUAUACACCUGUAACAGAUGUGGCACAAUGCAUCUCUCUUAAGUCUCCAGAAACAGUUUCCUGUGCAAUUCUUGACAAUCUUCGGAGACUUUUUGUG